AUGGCUGGCACACUUACGGGAGGACGACUGCGCUCGGGGUCUGUGCAUACUCACACCCAAUCUCGCCCUCACCCUGGCGAACAUGAACCCACACCGUCGUUCCUUGCGUCGGCCUCAAGCACACUCAGCUCACUCUCUGUCCCCAAACCCGACCUCCAUGCCGCCCCCUCGCUUACCCAAGCAACUCCAUCCGUAUCCACACUCCGCUUUGUUGGCCUCUGCUCGCUAUGGUACCUGACCUCUGCGCUCUCCUCCAACACGGGCAAGUCGAUUAUGAUCCAAUUCAGGUACCCCGUUACCCUCACCUUCGUUCAAUUCGCAUUCGUCUCGGGCUACUGUUUCCUCCUUAUGCACCCGCGCUUUGGCAUGAGUUCAUUGCGCACCCCUACGCGCGCUAUCAUUCGGAGCACACUCCCCAUGGCCGCCUUCCAGGUUGGCGGUCACAUCUUCUCCAGUAUGGCUAUCAGUCGCGUUCCAGUAAGCACAGUCCAUACUAUCAAGGCACUCUCGCCGCUGUUUACCGUUGCUGCCUACCGCCUCUUGUUUGGAGUCAGCUAUUCAUUCCGCACAUACGUCUCCCUCCUCCCCCUUACCAUUGGCGUCAUGCUCGCGUGUACAUUCGACGUAGCGGGCUCAAAUCUGUUCGGCCUCAUGUGCGCUUUCGGCUCAGCCCUAGUCUUCGUUUCAUCCAAUAUCUUUUUCAAAAAGAUUAUGCCCUCUAAUGGAGCCGCAACAGCCCACAAACUCGACAAGCUCAAUUUACUCUUCUAUUCGUCCGGGUUGGCCUUCCUACUCAUGGUUCCCAUCUGGAUGUACUACGACUUUGGCCACUUGUGGAAGCGUUGGCACGACGACUCGCUUGUCGCCAGUCCAUCAGGCAAGGCCCCCGCCCACAGCGUCAUGUACUACUUUUUCCUAAACGGUACCGUUCACUGGGCACAGAACAUUAUCGCAUUUGCGAUCCUUGCGACCACCUCCCCAGUUACCUACUCCAUUGCAUCCCUUAUCAAGCGCGUAGCCGUCAUUUGCAUCGCCAUAGUCUGGUUCGCUCAGAAUGUUCAUCCAGUCCAGGCCUUGGUAUUGUCCUCACCCAAGGGUGAUGUCGAGCGCGGUGAACACAAGGCCCGCAGAGUUGAGGCUGGUCGCCAGUUGCAGCUCCCGACGAGCAAGUCGGAACUCAUAACCCCACAAGGAAGCCCUCACCCCCAACACUCACAAAUAUAUGAGCACGGAAGUGCGGUUCAGGUUCAUGCCUAUGCGCCUCCUCCCGCUCGUUCACACCCCCCGAUGCGUCAAAUGUCAAUUAAUACUACGGCUACUACCGUCGGCAAGCAGACCAAUUCUCCUACUGGGUCCUAUCCCUCUCCCCCCGCGUCGCUCGAUUCGCCCCCACAGUCUGCUGGGAUUCGCCUCAAAAAUCGUCGCGGCACACACGAUGAACAUAACCUCGGCUUAGAACUGCACCAAAUUCCUACCCCACAACCCCACUCGCAAUUCUAA